CCUCCCACGCCUUUCCUCCUCUUGUCUUCAGUUACCACUUCAUUGGCAACCGUUCCGGGCUUCCCUCUCGUCUCGCUCCCCUCUUUCCCCCUGGAAAGGACUCCGUUCCCCCCAUUUUUCCCGAGAGCUUCUCCCCCCUUCCAGUUUGCUGCAUACAGAUCGUCAAGAAAAGAGAACAGUUCUUCAGGAGGUGAACCAUGAGGACAAGGAAUCCGACAAUGUCAAAGUCGUCGUCAUGGCCCAAGACGAAGACGGUGGUGAAGAAAUUGCUCAACCUCAAGAAUUCAGAGUUCCAUUCGGACUGCUUCAACGAGAGCUUUGGCGGCCAGCAGCAGGAGAUGAGGAGGAAGAGCUGCUCCGACAGAGAUGGCAGCCUUCUCACCAAGACAGACCUGUCAGGUGGCUGGCUGGUGGAGAGCUCUGAGAACCUGCGGCCGCCUCCUCCUCCCCGGUAUGGCUCCCCGGCGCCGACCCCGUCGUGGCGGCCUCCCAAGGAACUCAGGAUGUUCGUUGGGACAUGGAACGUAGGAGGGCGAGCGCCGCACGGAGGGCUGGAUCUCUUCGACUGGCUCAUCGACGGACCUGCUUCCUCCUCUCCUCACAUCUACGUUCUUGGCUUCCAGGAAAUCGUGCCGCUGAACGCCGGGAACGUGCUCGGCGCCGAGGACAAGGGCCCCGCCUGCCAGUGGCUGGACCUCAUCCGGCGAGCGCUGAACCCUUCGUCCUCCUCCCCGGAGAGCAGAGGCAGCCACGUUCUCUUCCCCUUGGACUCGCUCCAGAAGGGCCGGGUGAGCUUCUCGGACCUGCUGGCCGCGGAGGACAGCAGGCUGAGCACGGCGUCGGAGCUGGACGACGACGCCAGCGAGCCGUCCACGUCGAACCCGGAGUCGAGCAGCGAGGAGGAGGCCGGCGACUUCGGCGGCGCGGCGCGGCGGCUGCGCGGGCACGGCUACCGGCUGGCCGCCAGCAAGCAGAUGGUCGGCAUCUUCCUCUGCGUCUGGGUCCGGGCCGACCUCCUGCCCUGCGUCACCAGCCUCAGGAUCUCGUGCGUCGGCAGGGGCAUCAUGGGCUACAUGGGGAACAAGGGCUCCAUCUCGGUGAGCCUGACGCUGCAAGGCGGCGCGUCGCUGUGCUUCGUGUGCACGCACCUGGCGUCCGGCGAGAAGGACGGCGACGAGGUGCGCCGCAACAGCGACGUCGCCGAGAUCCUCAAGCGGACGAGGUUCGCGCCGAGUCCACUCCGCUUCUCCAGGCAGGCGGCAGCGGCGGCGCUGUCGCCGGAGACCAUCUUGCAGCACGACAAGGUGAUAUGGCUCGGCGACCUCAACUACCGCCUGACGAGCGGCGGCGGCGACACGCGGGAGCUGCUGGAGCGGCACGACUGGCAGGCGCUCCUGGAGCGGGACCAGCUGCGGACGGAGCAGCGGGCCGGGCGCGUGUUCUCCGGGUGGGAGGAAGGCCGCAUCCGCUUCCCGCCCACGUACAAGUACCUGGCCGAGUCCGACGCCUACGCCAUGAGCCUCGGCGCCUCCGGCUCCCGGGAGAAGAAGCGCACGCCGGCAUGGUGCGACCGCAUCCUGUGGCGCGGCGAGGGGAUGGACCAGCACUGGUACGCGCGCGGCGAGUCGCGCUUCUCCGACCACCGCCCCGUCAGCUCCCUCUUCUCCGCGCGGCUCACCGACGCCGAUGGUAACAAGCCGGCGGCGCUACGGGGGAACUUCGCCCAGCGCACGGCGGCGCGCGGCUUCCGGCGGCGCAGCACCAUGCCGCCCAGGGCCGCCGCGGUGGUGGCCGCGCCUCGCUGCGCGGUGGAGGCCGAGGAGAUGCUCCUCGUGCCGCUCUCCUCGAGGUUCUGACACGCGCGAGCGAGCGCGCAUGCAUCGCGGACACUGGCAGCUGAGCUGGGUCGACGAUGAGCAGGGAUCGAGGCAACGCGGCGGCCCACGGCCAUGCAUGGAGACUAUGAAUUGUUGCUCUGUCAACGAGAAAAGAUCGCGCGUGCCACCGGUCGCCCCCGGUGAGACGGAGCAGAGCUGCGUGCCCGAGGCCCGGAAAGGGUAGAGCUGAGCAGCCGUGCGCCCUCAUGAUUGGCCGCGGGGCGCCAUGGGGCAUGGGCGGCGACAGCGACAGCUUCAAGGCGUGUGCGCGGUGGCGACCGGCAAGGGAGACAUUCUCCUCGGGAACGGGCAGGCUUUUCAGGGUGUCUUCUUGGAAAGAAUGUGCUUUCUUGCUAUACGCAGCUACGCUGCCCGUAGGAUGUAGAGGUAUAGGAGAGCUCCUUUCUUGUUUUUUCUUUUCCCUCCGGCAACACAAUCGAAAAACUUGUGAGCAGACUAUCAGCAUGGAGCCAUGGAGGGCUUCUGUACUCAAGGAGGUAGAGUUUCCUUUAGGUGGUCAACGGGACCGAUAAGGCUCCCCUGAUUUCAUCAGCAGGGUAGCAGAUGAUGGAAUUAUAGUUCACUAAAAAAAGA